AUGGCAAUCCCGCCCUCGACAGAUACAUCCAUCCGGUACCUUUCCACAGCCCAGGCUUACGACUUAUGGGCUGACGUAUACGAUACCGAUGGGAACUUCCUUCAAGCACUCGACAGCAUUGAGAUCAAGACGCUGAUGCCACGCAUGCUGACACUCCUGGAGAUGUCGCAGCUCCCUCGCCCUUGGAGACUGGUCGACCUCGGGUGCGGUACAGGUCGGAACACAGCUGCCUUGCUGGACAUCGACAAUGCCUCGGUCAUAGGUCUCGAUGUGAGCUCGGGCAUGUUGGAGAUCGCUCGACAGCGGCUGGAACAAUCAACCCUCCACGGAAAGCUGCACUUGCAGGUGUUUGACAUGCUGCAACAGGCCGAAGCCCCAGAGUCUGCAAAGCCCGCUGAUGCUGUGGUCUCGACGUUGGUCCUUGAACACGUCCCAGCGGACACCUUCUUCCGCCAUGUCGCCCAGAUCCUCAACCCUGGUGGCUUCCUGCUGUUGACGAACAUGCAUCCCGAGAUGGGUGGCCUCAGUCAAGCGGGCUUCACCGAUCCCAAGACUGGGAAGAAGAUUCGUCCCACCAGUUAUGCUCACACGCUGACGGAGGUUCAGGCCGCGGCGACCGAAAAUGGUUUAGAACUCCUUGGACGGCUUGAGGAGAGGAUGGUAGAGGAAUCCAUGGUACCGCUACUCGGCAAUCGAUCUCGAAAAUGGGUCGGGGUCGCUGUGUGGUUUGGGGGGAUCUUCCAUAAGAGGAGGUGA